AUUCCAACACAAAAAUUGCCUCAACUGUCGGUCAUCGUUUAGAUUCGCAGGUGGGUGUGUCUCAAUAAUUUUAUUUGUUACCGAUCCGAUAUCUGUACGUGCAUUACCAACUUCGUAAAUAUUAAUAUUUUAGACAUGCCUAAAACAAGCUGGGUUUGGAAGUACGCUUGUGUGAUUAAUGACGGAUUUGUCAAGUGCAAUGUAUGUGACACCAAGUUGCAUUAUGGAGGAUCCACUUCAACUGUGCACAAGCAUUUAAAACAGAAACACAAGCUUUCUGUAUCGGUAAAGGAAAGAUUUUUGCCUGAAGAUGAAAACGAAGGUGAACGCUCUGAUUCUAGCAUACAUGAAUCAUUCAGUCCCGAGUCCGCAAACAGCAAUGAAGAAGGUGUUAUAAUUAAAAGACCGAGGGACUCAUCAUCAUCGUCAUCGCAAGAAGCCACGCCUCAUUGUCCGUCAAAAAGACAAGAGAAUAUUACCAAAGCUCUCGCAAAAAUGAUAGCUAUGUGCCAAUUGAAAUUGUCUUUUUCGCACAGUCAAGGAUUUAUUAACUUCAUGAAAGAAGUUGAUCCCGGAUAUAAGGUGCCUUACCCCCAGGCAAUAAAAUCUCGCUUGGGACUUGCAUACAAUGAAGUGAGGGAAAAGAUCACAAAGCGAUUAGAAACAGUAUCAUCAGUUUCUUUGACAACUGAUGAGUGGUCUUCAUUGGCACAUGAAGGGUAUUUGUCCACGACCGUACACUACAUCGAUUAUAGCUGGUCUUUGGGUACACAUACGCUAAAUACUGUUGGCAUGGAAGAACGCCCUACCAGUGACAACAUCGCGAUAAUGUUAGAUAUGGUACAAGAGGAUUGGAAUAUAUGUACCAAAGUUCAUUCUAUCGUUCAUGAUAAUGCUAACGUCAUGAAAGCAGCAGUCCGCCUUUUGAAUAAGGAUAAUAUAAAUUGUGCAGGCCACACGUUGCAGUUGUGCAUUAAAGAUGCACUGCAAAACAUUGAGGAGUACAAUAUGAUUCAAAGCAAAGCUCAGAAAAUAGUUUCCCAUUUCAAACAUUCUAAUAUUGCUACGACAGCCUUAAUUAACAAACAAAGACAGCUAGGAAUUAACGAGGAACGUUUGGUUCAAAGCUGUCCUACUCGAUGGGACUCCAUUUAUUUUAUGUGCGAUGUUCUGUACCGGAAUACGCAUACACAAACUCGUCAACGGCUCUCAAUUUGGAGAUAUCCGAGCAUGGAUGGG